AACACUUUUCUCCUCUGGAAACCAUAACCAUAUCUUUGUAAAUCCGAUCCGAUAGAGAAUCAUCAAAGCUUGUUUAGUUUCGAUCUUACUUGUCUCCUUGUCGGAAAAGAUACACAGUAACGACCCACAAGAAAGAAAAUCAAAUGGCGGUAGUUGCGGCGGAGAAGCAGAACCAGACGUUGUCUAAGAUCGCCGCCGGCGAAGGCCACGGCGAGAACUCGGCCUACUUCGACGGCUGGAAGGCGUACGAGGAGUACCCGUUCGACCCGGUUCACCGACCCGACGGAGUUAUCCAAAUGGGCCUCGCCGAGAAUCAGCUCUCUUCGGAUUUGAUCCGUAAAUGGCUCAUGGAACAUCCGGAAGCUUCGAUUUGCGCGCCCGAAGGAGUGAACCGCUUCAACGACAUAGCUAUCUUCCAAGAUUACCACGGCUUGCCGGAAUUCAGACAUGCUAUUACGAAAUUCAUGACGAAAACUAGAGGAAAUAAAGCUAAAUUCGAUCCAGAUAGAAUCGUUAUGAGCGGCGGAGCAACCGGAGCUCAAGAGACAUUAGCCUUCUGCAUUGCCGAUCCCGGCGACGCUUUCUUGGUCCCUACUCCUUAUUAUCCUGGGUUUGACAGAGAUCUAAGAUGGAGAACCGGAUUGAAGCUUUGGCCGGUUGUCUGUCACAGUUCAAAUGGCUUCAAGAUCACGGUCGAGGCCUUGGAAGCAGCGUACCGGGAGGCUCGGGAAUCGAACGUUCCGGUUAAGGGAUUGCUCAUAACCAAUCCGUCGAACCCACUCGGUACGACACUAGACCGGGAUUGUCUGAAAUCUCUGGUUAACUUCACCAACGGGAAGAACAUUCACCUCAUCGCCGACGAGAUCUACGCCGCCACCACUUUCCAACAACCCGAGUUCACGAGCGUGGCGGAGAUCAUCGACGAGGUCUCGGAUUGUAACCGCGAUCUGAUCCACAUCGUUUACAGUCUCUCCAAAGAUAUGGGUUUACCCGGUUUCAGGGUCGGUAUAAUCUACUCGUACAACGACCAAGUGGUUAACGCCGCCAGGAAAAUGUCGAGUUUCGGUCUGGUCUCUUCCCAGACGCAGCACAUGAUGUCGAAAAUGUUGUCCGACGACAAUUUCGUGGACGAGUUCUUACGAGAGAGCAAGCAACGGUUAGCCGAGAGAUGCGCGGAGCUAACCACCGGUCUGAAAGAUCUAGGAAUCGGCUGUUUGAAGGGCAAUGCAGGUUUGUUCCUGUGGAUGGAUCUAAGGAAUCUUCUGGAAUCGUCGACGUUCGAGGCGGAAACCGAGCUGUGGCGAGUGAUCGUACACAAGGUGAAGCUAAACGUUUCGCCUGGCGGCUCGUUCCAUUGCACCGAACCAGGGUGGUUCAGGGUUUGCUUUGCGAAUAUGAGCCAUGAGACGAUGGAGAUCGCCUUGGAGAGGAUUCGGACGUUCAUGAGGCUACGUGAGAAGGAGAAUACGAAGAAGAAUAAUACGACUGCGACGAAUACGGCGGCGAAGAAGAAGAAACUGUGCUGGCAGACCAGUCUGAGGCUGAGCUUCAGUGGUUCGAGACGGGUCGAUGAUGGCUUCUUCUCCCCUCAUUCGCCAGUUCCUCCCUCUCCUCUCGUCCGAGCCCACACUUGAACCUUUCAUUUAAGUUAACUUAAACCAAUAAACCGAUUUGAGAUUCUUUGUUCUUUUGCUAUAGCUGAAUCUUGAGCUGAAAUUGUUAUUGUUUUGUAAGAUACGUAUAUAUAUGUGUGUAUAAUGUAGGAGAGAGUGUGAAAAAGUCUUGUGUAAGAUGUGUAUGUAGUUCCGAGUUUUUGGUUUUGUUUGGUCUAAGGCCAAACCGGUGCUAACCAAAAUUGUAUGGAAUGAGAUUAUCAAUCAGAAUUAAGUUUAUGUUUUU